UGAAGUCGAUGUAUUAUCCAUCUAAACAAUACGCCACAUUACUUGAUAGUUCUCUGUGAUACACUCUGAAGAUGAAUCCAAGCCUUAUAAAAGAGAGGGAAGCGUUUUUGAAGAGAGCCAUGACAAUUCCUGUUGUUGAGAAACCAAAGUCUAAUUAUUCUGGUGCUUCAGAAGAAAAAGGCCCUGUGACUUCUGUACACCGCCGUGGACCUCCUUCAGUUUCUACUGUUUCGGAUUUGCGAUCUCUCGAAUUAAAACCUCAAUUGCAAGGGAAGUUUGCUGUUUUAUCUCGAAUAGUAAAGUAUAUGAAGCAACGCCAUUUAGAAGGCGAUACUCAUCCGUUAUCUGUAGAAGAAAUUUUGGAAGAAGCUGUACUUCAUGACACACCACCUGCUACCGUAAAAUGGCUGGAGGAAGAAGCUUUACCGAAUAAUCCAAAAAUUCGUGUUACCACGGAUGCAAAGUUCGUAUUUAAACCGAGAUAUGAUAUUCGUACUCGUAAGGAUCUUUACCAACUUCUUCGUCGUCAGGAGUUGAAAGGUUUGGGGGGAAUUUAUCUAGAUGAUUUGACUGAAUCUGUUCCUGAUGUUGAAAAAAUUCUCAAUAGUUUCGGUGACCAUGUGAUUCGCAUUGUCACACCACACGAUAAGAAAACUAUCUUAUUUUACAACGACAAAUCAUUCGAUUUGAAUGUAGAUGAAGAAUUUAAGCAACAAUGGCGAUCGGUAAGUGUGGAAGGUGUUCAUGAAACAAAAAUUGAGGAGUAUUUAAAACGUAAUGGAAUCUCUUCAAUGUCUGGUGAUCGUAAAAACUUCAUACCUGUACAAAGAAAGAAACCAGGACAAAAACGUACUAUGAAUCGUCCAGUUCAUAUUAAAGACAAUGAACAUGUGAACGGAAUUUUAGAAGACUUUUCUGAGAAAUUAGCCAAAACUUGAUCAGUUUUGAUUUUUAUAAGUAACAUUCAAAUGUACAGUGACUUUAUAUGUAUAAUAAUGUUCACUUAUCCUUGAUGGUCUGUAUAUUUUGUUCAUAUGAUUGCAUCCAAGCAAUCUUUUUUGAUAUGUUUAAGGAUAGGGGUUUUUUAAAUAAAGAAUAUGACAAAAUAUUUUCUGUACAAAUAAAUAAAGUUUAUAAUUUCCUGAAA